GAAUAAAAGAGGCACUGUUCUGAGGUUGUAAACCUUUGAUACUCCAUUUAAACAGCCACACAUUUCACGGAAAUGAGAUAUAGAGGAUACUGCUUCUAAAAUGAGUUCUCCAUUUCCUGAAUCAAGUUGUGUGCCAUUAAAGAGUGAUCAGUCUUUGAUGAAUCAUAAUCUUGAAUUGAAUGAUACAGUGGCCUCUGGUACCAGGUGAGACACUGUUUUGCAUGCACACACUUUUAUCCCAAUCAACUUGAAGUAAAGUAUCAACAAUGAGUAAAUGUAUAUCCGUGGUGCAUACUGAGUUAAGUUAUUGCUGUAAAAUGCCAUUUUUGUCUUUUGUUGGUAUCAGAAAGACACAGAGAUCAGAGUCUCCAGAACCCAGCUGUGUUUCUGUGAAGAGUGACACAUCCAUGGAUCACCCAUUUGAAUUUAGUGAUGGACCAGUGACCUCUGACCUUCUGAAAGAGAUAUAUGAGCCAAGCCGAUAUUUGCCAUCCUCUACAUACCAUUAUCAGACUCAAAUCAGAGAGAAAAGAAGUAAAGAAAUCCUGCAGACACAAAUACUAGAGACUGGAGACCAGAAGACAGUCAAAGACCAGCACAAAAUCAACAUGAAAAAAAGGUAUGAAAAAUUAUUUGAAGGAAGCAAACUCCAAGAGAAGGAAACCCUCCUGAACAGGAUCUACACACAGCUCUACAUCAUAGAGGGAGAGAGAGAAGGAGUGAAUGAAGAACAUGAGGUUUUACAGAUGGAGAAAACAGCCAGAACAAAUCACCCACAAAACACUCAAAUUGACUGCAAUUACAUCUUUAAAGCUUCACCUGAAGCAGGAUCCGAGGAGAAAGAGCAGAUCAAGACUGUUCUUACUAAAGGCAUCGCUGGAAUCGGAAAAACCGUCUCUGUGCAGAAGUUCAUUCUGGACUGGGCCGAGGGAAAAGCCAAUCAGGAUGUAGAUUUCAUGUUUGUGCUUCCAUUUCGAGAGCUGAACUUGAUCCGAGAUCAUGAGUACAGUCUUCACAGACUUCUGCUGGACUUUCAUCCUGAACUUCAAGAUCUGGACUCACAGAUUUAUGAGGAGUGUAAAGUUGUUUUCAUCUUUGAUGGUCUGGAUGAAAGCAGAAUCACACUGAGGUUUUCAGACGCUCAGAAAGUUUGUGAUGUGACUGAGACUUCAUCAGUGGGUGUAUUGAUGUCAAGCCUCAUCAAAGGAGAGCUGCUUCCCUCUGCUCUCAUCUGGAUCACCUCCAGACCAGCAGCAGCCAAUCAGAUCCCCUCCGAAUACAUCCACCGUCUGACAGAAAUUCAGGGAUUCACUGAGCCUCAGAAGGAGGAAUAUUUCAGGAAGAGAUUCAGUGAUGAGCAUCAAGCCAUCAGAAUCAUCUCACACAUCAGAAGAGCAAGAAGCCUCCACAUCAUGUGCCACAUCCCCGUCUUCUGCUGGAUCUCAUCCACUGUGCUUCAGAAUCUCCUGGAAGAAGAUCUGAGAGCAGAAAUCCCUCAAACUUUUACUGAAAUGUACAUCCACUUCCUGCUGAUUCAGAUCAACACUAGGAAGCAGAAGUAUGAAGAGAGAGAUUCAGAUAUACUCCUGCAGCCCAACAGAGAAGUGUUUCUGAAACUUGCUGAAGUGGCUUUCAGACAGCUGAUGAAGGGCAAUGUGAUGUUCUAUGAGGAGGACCUGAUUGAGAGCACCAUAGAUGUCACUGACGUCUCAGUGUAUUCUGGGAUUUGCACUGAGAUCUUUAAAGAGGAAUCUGUGCUUCAUCAGAGGAAAGUCUACAGCUUUAUUCAUCUGAGCGUUCAGGAGUUUCUUGCUGCUUUCUAUGUGUUUUACUACCACAUAAGUAGCACUACACUAGCAAGUUUUGAUUCACUGCACAAACUCCAUGAAAGAGUAGUGGACAAAGCCAUUGAGAUUGAGAAUGGACAGCUGGAUUUGUUCCUACGGUUCCUGCUGGGCAUCUCUCUGGAAUCCAAUCAGAGACUCUUACAGGAUCUACUGACACAAACAGAGAACAGCUCAGAGACCAUCAGAGAAAUCACACAGUACAUUAAAGAUAAGAUUAAAGAUGGACAUGGACUCUCCACUGAAAGAUCCAUCAAUCUGUUCCUCUGUCUGCUUGAAGUGAAAGAUCAGACUCUGUCCAGAGAGAUUCAGGAGUUUGUGAAAUCAGACAAACACUCAGAGAAGAAACUAUCUCCUUCUCACUGCUCAACAGUCGCCUACAUGCUUCAGUUAUCAGAGGAGGUGUUGGAUGAGCUGGACCUUAAGAAAUAUAACACAUCAAAUGAGGGGAGAAGAAGACUGAUACCAGCUGUGAUCAACUGCAGAAAAGCUCUUCUCGCUGACUGUAAUCUCACUGCUCAGGAUUGUGAAAUUGUGUCAUUAUCCAUACAAUCCUCAAACUCUGCCCUGAGAGAGCUGGAUCUGAGUAACAAUGACUUACAAGAUUCAGGAGUGAAGCUGCUCUCUGAUGGACUGAAGAGUCCCAACUGUCAGCUGCAAAUACUGAGGUUGUCAGGCUGUAUGGUGACAGAGGAAGGCUGUGGUUAUUUGUCUUCAGCUAUGAGGUCUAACCCCUCACACCUGAGAGAGCUGGAUCUGAGCUAUAAUCACCCAGGGCAAUCAGGAGUCCAGCUGCUCAAACACAAACUGCAGGAUCCAGACUACAAACUGCAGAUACUUAAUUUGGACCAUGGAGGACAUUUCAGGGUCAGACCAGGACUGAGAAAAUGUAAACCCUCACUCACAGACAAACACAUACUUGUUGGUGGUGAUGUCAUUCAUAUUCUAAUGACCCUCAUCUCACAUGCAGACAUAUACAAGUUAUGACACACACAUCCCACGUACACACAUGCACACACUAAGCUAAAAAAUGACCCUGUUAUUAUAAUCUGCUGUCUUUGUGUCCAGAAGCCUGUGAUCUCACACUGAAUCCAAACACAGCACAUACUCAACUCAUCCUGUCUGAAGAUAAAAAAGAAAUAAAGUGUGGAAAAGAUCAUCAGCCAUAUCCUGACCACCAAGACAGAUUUAAGCUUUAUGAACAGGUGCUGUGUGUUGAGAGUCUGGCAGGACGCUGUUACUGGGAGGCUGAAUGGGAAGGGUCAGGUCAUAUAGCAGUGACAUAUAAGGGAAUCAACAGGAAAGAAGGGAGUGACUGUCGGUUUGGACGCAAUGAAAUGUCCUGGAGUCUCUUCUUUUGUGAUAAAAUGUAUACUUUUUGGAACAAUAAUAAGACCACGGACAUUCCUACCCUUUUGCCCUCCUCUAAUAAAAUAGGAGUGUAUCUGGACUGGUCAGCCGACACUUUGUCCUUCUACAGUGUCUCUGACACACACACACUCACACACUUACACACAUUCAAAACCACAUUCACUGAACCUGUCUAUGCUGGAUUUACAGUUUAUCCUGAUUCAUUAGUGUCUCUGAGUCAGAUGAACAACAGAGUCUCAUUUUAAAACCCAUUUCCAUCUUGUAAGAAAUAUAGAUUGCAUACAAACAAAAUCACAAAUAAUUACAAAUAUUACAAACACCAGUCCAGAGUGCUUUCAGCAUAUUGUUGCAUAUUUAUUGCAUUUUAACAUGAGCAGUGUUCGGGAGUAACACAUUACUUAGUAGCACGUUAUUGUAAUUUGAUUACUUUUUAGUAACAUUGUAGACAUUGCUGACAGAAUGCAGUGUUUUACAAUCUAGGGAUUGUAAAAAGGAUGUACAGUAGCACACACACUGUUAAGUCAAGUGCCAUUGGAUUAGAGACCUAAUUAUGUUGAUUGUGUUAUAAGAGAGUUUUGUGAGAUUGCGAUGAACUGAGAUGUCUUUUAGAGGUUAUAAAUGCAGCGCUCUUUGCUAACAUUCUGCCAAACUAUGCACACAGCAGCCACUUGCUUUAGUUAAAAAUAACAUUUGUUAUUAAAGCAUCAACAUUCACAGAACACUAUAUUUUUAGAAGCCUGUAUGAUGGGAGUAAUCAGUUAUCAGUAAUUUGAUUACAUUUUCAUGAUGCAAAACUUUCACUUCUGAUAGUUGAAUGUUGCUGGAAAUUGCAGAAUAUCACAGUGUAAACAGAUAAAUACGCAAAUGUUUGGGCCUUUAAUUAAUGUUGCUGAUUAAUGUUACGGAAUCACCUGCCUCACCAGCCAAAGCAACCUCCUAAACCUGCCAACCACACCAAUCAAAAACACACUUACCACAGUUGCUUGUUGGCUGGUCUCAAGGUUACAAGCUUCUUAGCAGGUCCUUUGCCUACCUGUAAGUCAGUCCUGCCAUCCUCUGCUAUAAAUAAAAGGAUUAGAAGCUUUAGCUCAGAUAAGACUUCUCUGCUUCCUUUGAUCACCUCAUUUUUGAUUCUCCUAUGUUGGAAGCUUAUCCUCAGUUCCCUUAAUACAUUUACCUGCUUGUUUGAAUUUGUGUGUUUGUUUCCUUGACCAGCUGUAACAAUUGUGACCAACCUCAAAUUCAAAGUGUGGAGUCUGAAGUCACUCUUUGUGUGUUUGAGGAAAAGCAACAGACAUUCAUAAUACCAUAAUGAAUGCACAGACACUAUUUAAACUGAACAGAGAUGACAUCACUGAAUUCAAUGAUGAACUGCCUUUAAAUGUCGUUUUGCAUUAU